UGUUUAAAACGAUAUGUAAGAGAUUCGAUAAUAAUAAUAUAUCAUCAUCAUAUGUAAGAACGCUACAUAACAUCAGCUACCACGAAUAAAGACAUCCCGAUAAAUCUUGAUGGCGGCGGCGGUGGUGGAGCGGCGACAUCAUAGGUGGGUUGCCGUCAUAGCAUCACCGCCGCCGAGUUCAGCUUUUUCUUUCAUUCAUUCCAAUUCAUUCAUUCCUCACGUUCCUGCGCACCGAAUCUCUGAGACUGUCUGUGUUUCUUCUGAUCAGCUGAUACUGAAUAGCAUUCUAUUCUGUUCUAUUUCCAUCCUCCGCUCCUAUAUACAAGGGAUAUUGACAACGGGUUUUGCGGGCGUUAUCUCUCCGGGAAGCCAGCUCUGUGUCUCUGCGUUGUUCCUACACCUUCGUUGCUAUUUAUUCCUCUCUUCGUGCCAUAUAUUAUAUUGAAGGAGUCCUCGAUAUCAAUUGUUUGGCAAACAUUCGCAUCCAAAAAGAAUUCUGACUGGUCCUACACAACAAAGCAACCCUUUUCCCAGUGCUAGCUUCUUAGCUUGUCACUGUAUCACCAGAAUUUCUCGGUUUUUUCCUUUCGACAAUUCAAAAAAUGAGUUCAAGGACCGCAGG